AUGGCACCAUCAUCUGCCAAGACUGCGAGUAUUCCCUCGAAACCACCAAGCACAAGCAAGCAAUGCGGGUCGUCACAAAUCGUGGCCACCGACAACGUGACGAUGAAGAGGGUACUCCACUGUGACGACAAAGAACUCUCGAACCUCAAGGCGGAGGUCAGGCGUAAGAUGACCAUGAUCAAAGUGAACGGCCAGCCGAUCAUUAGACAGCUGCCUGCGGACUUCGACGCCAAUGGCAAGAUUCGUGCUAAAAUGUGGGAGGCGAUCUUAAAUACUGGAAUUCAAUUCGGGAAUCUGUUGGCUGGCCAGAGAUAUAAGCCGGGUAUGAAGCCGAAGGAUUUCGAGAAGCAGGUCGACUUGGUCAAGAAGAAGAUUGAGAGGGAUUUGGUCAACGAGGCUAGAAGGACUCUGAAGCGGAAGGGCGAACUCGGUGCUGAUGCCGGUGGUCGGCCUGGUCGUGGUGGCAAGAACGUAAGAAAGUCAAUUGCACGAAGCGACGGGGAUGCGUCUAUGGCGGACGCAACUGACAUGGUCACUGACAGCCAUGGUAACGAGCACAGUGACGAAAACAAGGGCGAAGAAGAAGAUGAGGAGGAAGAUGGUGAUCACAAGCGGUUCUCCGUGCCAAGGUCUGAUAGGCAGCUGAGGAAGCGGAAGGUAAGCUCGAGCAUCGAGGCGGAGUAUUUGGACGGUGACUAUGAGCCGGUACACGCAAAGGAAGCAAGCAAUGAGCAACUUACGCCCACAAACGCUGGAGGGCGGAUGCGGAAACGCAUGGCAGGCCUGGUGUUUGAGGCGGGAACAUCGAGUGACGGAAAAGACCAUAUCUCUGACGGUGAGAACAUUACUCCUAUACCUAGGAAACCAUCGGUACGAGUGGGAGCCGGGCUCGUAGAGGUUGGCAUGUCGAAUGGCUGGGUACCCAGCACGAGAAACCGGCAGAUAUUUGAAGCCGGAAGUGAGUUCUCAGGUAAAGGUCCGAUCGACGUGCAAUCGCCUGGUACGAGGCUUGGCAGGUAUGAAUCAAAUGGCAGGACCUCACGGUGGCUGUCACAGGACGGCAACAAAGAAGAGAAUGUCAUGCAGAGCGUCGAGGCAGUUCCUUGCUCAACUGGAAUCGAGACACUGCGCCCACCCAGCGCGCAGAAUGUGGACAGUGUCGGUAGCCACACUACUCGGACCAAGCAAAGCAACAAGCUCGAGCGUCGCGCGAAGCGUGCGAGACCGAAUCCCACGAGCGCGCUUGAGUUGGAAUUCCCAGGCACAAACACCGUCUCAACCGUGAAUCUCUCGAGCAACCUCUUCAGCAAGACUCCGGCUACCACUGUCCAAAGUGACGGUGAAAACGAGAGCGACGACGAGAGCGGCAAAGGCCAGGGUCCUGCUUCGCGUCCUAGGCUCAUCCGACGUACUGUGAUGGGAAAGCCGUUUGGUGCGACAUCCUUCAUCGAGGACGGUGGUUUGGCUCAACCGCCGGCCUUGAAAGCGCUUCUCUCUGACUCAAUGAUUUCUCAGAGCAAAGCGCUCGUGACAAGCCCACACCGUGCACCUGCCAUUACGAUCCCGCUGGCGAACGACCACCCAGCAAAGUCAAGCUCGGAGGAUCAUUCAAGGCGGUCCAGUACGGACAAGUACGCCUACAAUGGUGAACGGGACGGCCAGGGAAUGCUUACUCCAGACACACCUCGGUCCAUGAUCGUAACCGAGCCCUACAGUCCAUUUCAGCAGCAAGCCGACGACCAGACCGCCACUUUCACAGCGACAGGCAUUGACCAGAGCAGUGUGAGCGCUGUCAAAGUUGCAGAAACCACUGAUACGGCCAGAGACGUCCCAGUGCCAACAAUGAACGGCGAGGCUGUAGCAGAAACUAACACCGACAUCACGAUAGCUACUCAAGCGACCAGAGACGUCGAGACGAACGAUCCGCCGAGCCUUAAAACAGCAGAACAGGACAACGAUACAUCAGCCUCCACGCACACGCCACUCACUUUACUCAGACAGUCAAACAAAGACAUAGUCCAAUCCACCGAGCUACGUGAACCGCCACUAACCGCAAUGCUAUCAUCGCAGCCAGAGGAUACCACUUCAAGAGUCCCAGCGAAUCGCUCCACAGUCUUCAUCUCUGACAUUGACAAGUGCUGGCUUCACGACGAGAUCGCUAGAAAGACGGCCGUAGAGAGGCACCGUCGCGAGCAUGCCGAAGCUGAGGCUGCGAGAUUCAAGACAGAUGAUGAGAGACUCAAAGCGCGGAAGAAAAAGCUGAGAGACGAUAACGAGACACUCAAAGCAGAGAAUGAGAUCCUCCGAGUGGACGACCAGAGAUCUAGGACGGAGGGCAAUAGACUGAAAGUCGAGAACGAAAAGUUCUACCAACAGACUAAGACCGCGGAGAAAGCCAAGCGGGAGGCAGAAGACAAGAGUGACUGGCAGGCGAUCGAGCAUCGGGAGCUGAAGGACAGGUUGCAGGAAGCUGUGGCGGAGAAAGAGGGACUGAGAGCGGUAGCGAGGAGGACAGAAGCAGAGUGUGCUAAGGUCAAAGCUCAAUGUCAGAGGGCGGAAGACUCCAGAGCGUAUCUUCUGAAUGAUAUGAAGGAAGAGGCUGCUAGGAAAAGGGAGACAUAUGCGGCUAGGUUUAAAGAGAGGCUUACCAAUGGUCAUUAUGAUAGGUUGCGAGAGAGCAGGAAGCGUGAAGCUCAGGAGAAGAAGGAGAGGGAAGGCUUGCGUGGUUAG